AUGAAGAAAUCGGCUCGAACGCGGCGGGCAUGUUCCGGCUUGUCGGCCUUGAUGGCAGGGGCAGUUCUUCAAAAGCGCGUGCCAGUCCUCUCCGCGACGUGGAGCUCCUCAAGCACUUUUGUCCAAAGCAGCAGCCGAUCUAUUGCGACGCCCAUCCGUUUCUUGCCCAGCCACUUGAGCCUUCGGGUUGCACCCGCCCCUCGUGAACGAACUGCGAUGCGGGCAAACGGUGCGCUUUCCUCUCCCCUAUUUCUGGCCUCGGUUGCUGGUAUUGCCACUGGCACAAUAGUUGUGCUGUUGAACGACUUUGUCCACCUUCUGCAAGACUUUCUGCUGGAACUUCCAGGGCUUGCUGUGCUGGCCCCCGUUAUAUCCGCUUUUUUCGUGAGUCUGCUGCUGCUUUUUCGGGGCCAGAAAGGCCUCUCUGGCUCCUCGGAUUUGGCCUCCUUGAAGGCCUCGGGCGGCGCACCGCCCCAAGACCGCAGCGAGGCGCCCUUGCGGGCUUUGGCCGCUGGUUUAACCUUGGCCGGUGGCAACUCCCUGGGCCCGGAGGGUCCGAGCGUGGAGAUCGGCGCGAACGUGGCUGCCAGCUUGUCGGGGUACCAGAAUCAGGAAACUGAGUCCGAGCGGGCAUUGCGCCAGAACUUGCUUGCAGCAGGCUGUGCGAGUGGCAUUGCAGCUGGCUUCAACGCGCCGGUGGCAGGUCUCUUCUUCUCUUUGGAGUCGAUUCAGUCGAACUGCGCCCCCGAGGAUGCGAGAGCUAAGGGCCCUCCGAUGCAGCUCUUGGCGGCCGUGUUGGCUGCCACCGUAUCUCAGUUGGGUCUUGGCUCCAGCCCUGCGGUGGAUCUGGAUUUCUUCGGCUGGGUACCGACACGUUCUCUCUGGGAGCUGCCAGUCUUCAUGUCCCUGGGAUUCCUGUGUGGCACUGCAGCCUUCAUGCUGCGUAGCACCCGCCAAGUGGCCAAAGGCGCCUUUGACUGCCUUGAGGCUUGGGGUGCUCCAAGGUUCACCUUCCCCGUGCUGGCUGCUGCAGUGGUGGCCGUUGUUUCCUUCUAUGGGAACAUAGGGGAGGUCUUGUAUAAGGGAUUUGAGAACGUGAACCUUAUAUUGAAAGAGGUCGACGGCUCUCGACAGCCGCCAGCUGCGUUUGCUGGCGAUCCUCUCACUCAUCUGUUUCUGCUCAUCGUUGCAAAAAUUUUCCUCACGGCGGUGUGCCAGUCCUCUGGACAGGUGGGUGGUCUCUUUGCGCCUGCGCUGUUCAUCGGUGCGUGCUUAGGAGGUUUGGUAGGCCGAAGCCUGCGAGAUUUCCUGUGGCCGUUCGCACUUUGGCUGCCUGAGCUUUCUAUCUUCAAGAGCGAGGGGCCAUUCGUCUUCUCUGUACCUGCCACCUAUGCUAUCGUCGGCAUGGCCGCCUGCCUUGGUUCUAUUUGCAAUGUGCCGCUGACAGCUGUGGUGCUUCUCCUCGAGCUGGCUGGUGGGAAGGAUUACGGGGUCGUUCUUCCAACCGUCGCAGCCGUAGGUGUGGCUGUGUACGUGGAAGACCUGCUGUCCAGGGGCAUACCCAAGAUGAUGAGCCAGUGGAUGCCAGCGGACUCCACACAGGCACCACCUCCAGCUGCACGCUCCCAAGGUGAGCCUCUCAGGCUUCUCUGUCAGUGCGAAUCUGCUCUGGAGGAGCUGCCGCCCGAUGUCUCCGCUGUCGAGCCGUCGAUGCCCCUGGAAGCUGCACGGCAAGAGCUACUUCGACUCGGACCCGGAGGGCGCCUCGCCGUUUUCGAGGACCUGCCAUCUCUGGAGACCCCGCCGCGGCUUCUUGGACUCGUCUCCUUGGCGGACCUAGACGCGGCCGACGCGGAGAAGCGCGGUUCCGGCUGA